AUGAGACAACGAGCCUUGUAUCUUGGAUUCCUCCAGGCCAUCUGGGCUGUCGCUGGAGGCGUUGGCCCUGUUCUAGGAGGUGCACUGACACAGUAUGUUUCGUGGAGAUGGAUCUUCUGGAUCAAUCUUCCAGUUGCUGGAACAUCAUUUAUAUUACUACUUCUAUUCUUAGACGUCCACAACCCUCGGACUCCGUUCAUGGAGGGCAUCAAGGCGGUCGACUGGUUUGGGAGCAUUGCAAUUAUAGGAGCUCUAUCAAUGCCACUACUAGGGCUGAACUUUGGGGGUGAGCUGUUCCCCUGGAGCUCUCCUAGAGUUGUCUGCUUGAUUGUCUCCGGAUGCGUCAUGCUUGGGAUCUUUAUCUUUAGUCAGGCACGGCUCUCACGGUAUCCCCUUAUGCCACUAAAGUUAUUUCGUCGAAAGUCCAAUGUAGCUUGUGUGGUCAUUGGGUUCACGCAACUAUUUGGAGUUCAAGCGGCUGAGUUUUAUCUUCCACUAUUCUUCCAGUCUAUAAUGGAAGCUUCUCCAACUCGCUCUGGUGUCCUCAUACUUCCUAUGACUGUCACUGAAAGUAUAGUUGGGAUCAUUUCUGGUCUGGUCAUUCACCGUACAGGCCGAUAUAUAGAGAUUAUCCGAGUUGGAACUAUUUUAUUCGCGCUUGGUGUCGGACUCCAUAUCCAUUUCAGCGAAAGGUCAUCUCUUGCUGAAAUAGCUGGAAUAGAGGUCGUUGCUGGGAUAGGCGCCGGGAUGCUCUUUGAUCCCUCAUUUCUCGCCUUGCAGGCACUUGUAUCCCAGGAUGACACUGCAACCGCAACUGCAACCUUCAAUCUCCAUCAAAAUAUUGGCUCGUUCAUGGCCACCGUGCUCGGGGGUGUCCUCUUCCAGAAUGGGAUGAGAAUGAAGGUGCCGACAUUGAGAGACGCUGGCUUGUCAGAAUCCCUCGUCGAACAACUUUCCGGGGAUGCCGCUGCUGCGAAUGUGAACGUUAUCAAAACGAUAUCGGAUCAGGUUCAGAAAAUGGCUGUUAAACGGGCGUUUGCAUAUAGUCUAAGAUAUAUCUGGAUAUUAGCGGCAUGCCUGGCUGUUUGCGGCGCUACGGCGAGUUUUUUCGUUUCAACACAGGUGCUCAACACGGAACAUACUGAAACGAAGACGGGAAUUAAGAAGCAGGCACCUAUCGAUGCUGAGUUAUCUGUAUUGCCAAUCGAUAGUUGA